CAAACCACCCUUCGAACAAAAGAUCUUGCUUUUCACCAUUAAUGGCGUCGCCGGCGGCCACCGCCAAAACCACCAAACUCGAACGAUACAACACCUACAUCCGCAAAGUUAACACCACCAAGAUUCUUACUGCCUCCUCCAAACUCCUCUUUCGUCUAACUCUUCUGGUAGCUCUCAUUCUUAUCUUCUUCUUCACCCUCAAUUACCCCCCACUUUCCGAUAACGCCGCCGCCGUCGACGGAGUAUCUUCCACCCACCGUGUCCUCACCACCUCCCACCUCCUCUCUUCCGCCUUCUACGGCAGCGGUGCGGCGUGGGAAAAAGAAGUUCGCCGUUCAUCCACUCCUCGCCGACAAAACGGAUUCUCUAUACUUGUCACCGGCGCCGGAGGCUUCGUCGGAACUCACUGCUCACUUGCUUUAAAGAAACGCGGCGAUGGUGUUCUGGGUCUUGAUAAUUUCAAUUCCUAUUACGAUCCGUCGUUGAAACGAGCUCGACAAAAGGUUUUGAAACAACACGAAAUCUUCAUCGUCGCCGGAGAUUUAAACGACGGCGAGUUAUUAAAAAAGCUUUUCGACAUUGUUCCGUUCACCCAUAUCCUUCAUCUAGCAGCUCAGGCCGGCGUACGUUACGCCAUGCAAAAUCCACAAUCGUAUAUUAACUCAAAUAUCGCCGGAUUCGUGAAUCUUCUUGAAAUCGCGAAAAACGCCGACCCACAACCGGCGAUCGUCUGGGCAUCGUCGAGUUCCGUUUAUGGAUUAAAUACCGAAAACCCAUUUUCGGAAGCUCAUCGGACCGACCAACCGGCGAGUUUAUACGCCGCCACGAAGAAAGCCGGCGAGGAGAUUGCUCAUACUUAUAAUCAUAUUUAUGGUCUUUCCAUCACCGGACUGCGUUUCUUCACCGUCUACGGCCCCUGGGGGCGGCCGGACAUGGCGUAUUUCUUCUUUACGAAAGAUAUUCUAGCCGGAAAACCGAUUAAUGUUUACCGGACUCACGACGGGGAGGAGGUGGCGCGUGACUUUACGUACAUCGACGACGUGGUGAAAGGGUGUUUGGGUGCAUUGGACACGGCGGAGAAGAGUACCGGAAAAGGUGGGAAGAAGAGGUCGCCGGCGCAGUUGAGGGUGUACAAUUUGGGGAACACGUCGCCGGUGCCGGUGGGAAAAUUGGUGACGAUUUUAGAGGGUUUAUUGAAUGUAAAAGCUAAGAAGCACGUGAUCAAGAUGCCACGAAACGGCGACGUUCCCUUCACUCAUGCUAACGUGAGCUUGGCUUAUAGAGAUUUCGGCUACAAGCCGACGACUGACCUGUCGACCGGCUUGAGGAAAUUUGUUAAAUGGUAUAUCAGCUAUUACGGGAUUACACCGAGGGUAAAAAAGGGAAUUACUGAUGCCGAUUGAUUCACGUACUAAACUUUUAUACUUUUUCCAUUCUCGCCACUAAACUUUCUUUUUUUUCAAACUUUCCCCAAAGUUAUAAAUUUUCUUUAAUUUUCGACCCAUUGAUGUUCGGGCACCGGGGGGAAAGAGUUAAGAAGCAAUCUCGAGGUCGACUCUACAGACUACGAUCACAGGUCAACUCUGAAAGUAGACGAAGACGAAUCUGGAUAUCGUUGUAUUAUAGCAUACAGUAUUUAUUUAUAUUAUAUAUAUAUACAUACAAGAUCAUGAUCAUAAGAGUGGGGGAAGAAGUGUAAAUCUACGGAAUGGAGGGGUUGAAUUUGUAAUAAUGUGCUUUUUAAAUGUAAAUUUGAAGAUAAAUUGAUUUUGUGCCCAAAAGCAAAAGGGUGCAUUUUCAAGUGGUCUAUUUGAAAUCUCAAGAAAAUUAUGAUGUUAUUGAUUUUAUAUUUGCAUGCUAA